AUGACCGCCACAGGUGAUCAGUCUGAUGUAGAGAAAGCUCCGGUGUUCAAUGAGCAGACGAAGUAUCUGCCAAGAAGAAGGAUCAUCGCGGUGUUUCUGGCAUGUGCCAGCAUCGACUUUGCAGCACUCUUGGACCAGACCUCCCUUGCCGCCAGUUUGUCCAUCAUUGGAAGAUCUCUUGAUGCAAGCAACCAGACAUCUUGGAUAUCGGGUGCCUACUUUGUCACAUCAACAUCCUUCCAACUCCUGUACGGGCGGCUCUCAGACAUCUGGUCACGAAAGAUCAUCCUGCUUAUCGGCAUUGCAAUAUUCUUUAUCGGAUCCUUGGCAUCCUCACUCGCUCAGGAUGUUGUCCAACUCAUCGUGUUCCGCGCAUUCACCGGUGUCGGCGGUGGAGGGCUGAUGACCGUGGCGCAGUUCAUUGUCAGUGACGUUGUCCCACUUCGGGAACGGGGAAAAUAUCAAGGAAUAUUGGGUGCAUUCGUAGGUCUCGGAAACGGUGUCGGACCGGUUAUUGGAGGUGCUCUUGCAUCCCAGUCCGAGGAGUCCUGGCGCUGGAUCUUCAGGUUGAAUCUGCCACUCAGCGUUAUCAUGGUUGUGUGUGUGGUUUUCUUCAUGCCGUUGAAGAAAGUUGAGGGAGAUUGGAAAGUCAAGCUCAAAGCUAUUGACUUCACCGGUGCCGUCCUUGCCCUCGGCGGAUCUGCAGUGCUCGUAUUGGCCCUCACCUGGGCUGGUGGAGAAUACCCGUGGCACUCAGCUCACGUCAUCGCCUCAUUCGUCGUGGGAUUCUUCGUCUGCAUCCUGUUCGUCCUUUGGCAAUGGAAAGGGACGAGCGUCCCUCUAGUUCCGCUCCACAUAUUCCGCUCCCGCGUCGUCAACGGCGCCACCAUCACCAUGUUCAUCAACGGCUGGAACUUCGUCACCCAAGUCUACUACAUCCCGACCUUCUACCAGCUCGUCUACCGUUACAGCUCGACCAAAUCCGGCGCGCUCCUCCUGCCCAUCACCCUCACACAAACCCUCUCCAGCACGCUGUCUGGCCUGCUCGUCACCUGGACGGGCCGCUACCGCGAGGCGAUCCUGUUCGGCUGGGCGCUGUGGGCCGUCGGGCUGGGGCUCUUCUCGACGCUGGACGAAGGGUCCGGGCUGGGCAAGCAGGUCGGGUUCGCGGUGCUGACGGGCUGGGGCGUCGGCAGCACGCUGCAGCCCAGCCUCGUCGCCAUCCAGGCCGGCGUCGCCCGCCGCGACAUGGCCAUCGUCACGUCGUGGCGCAACUUCAUCCGCAACCUCGGCGCCACCCUCGGCCUGGCCGUCGCGGGUACCAUCGUGAACAACUCUCUCAGAGGCGCCGUGGCGCCACUGGGCCUGAGCAGCGCUGAGGUGCGGUCGUUGUUGAAGAAUCCGGAGAACGUGUUGAGUCAGAAGAGCGAUGCUGGUGCGGACGCGGAGAGGAUUAGGACUGCGUUGAUGGGCGCGUAUAAGGAUGGAUUUAGGAUCUUGUUCUAUGUCAAUGCUGCGUUGGCAGCUGUGGCUUUCUUCGUUGCGUUGGCGCUACUACCGCAGAUCAGCUUGGUUAGAGAUGAUGAUAAGAAGUUGCAGGAAGAGGCUCGAGCGAAGGAGGAAGCAAGAAGGAAUGGAAAGGAUGAGGCAAAGUCCGAGGCCAAGGAGAAGGCGGGCCCGUAG